GCUGGCACAGGAGAUGCUGGUUGCGCAGACAUUGUCCCCGGGGUCAGACAGGGAAUGUGCUGAGUGCGGAUGAGGUGAUGUCUCCUCGGGGAUCUGGUUAAUUCCUCCCCUUUGAUCAUGUGACCCUCUCUGUGGGUAUAUAGAGGGCAGCUGCACAUCGUGGUCUUUAAGUCUGAGUCUGGCUUCCCGUCUCCACUAUGGACAUCACUAUUCAGCCCCCCUGGUUCAAGCGAACCCUGAACCCCUUCAGUCGCCUCUUCGAUCAGAUCUUUGGGGAGGGGAUGUUGGAUUACGACCUGUUCCCCUUCUUCUCCUCCACCAUCAGCCCCUACUACAGGCAGUCUCUCUUCAGGGGGUACAUGGAUUCCGGGGUCUCUGAGGUGCGCUCCGACCGGGAACGUUUUGUCAUUAACUUGGACGUGAAACAUUUCUCCCCUGAGGAUCUGACGGUCAAAAUUAUGGAUGAUUUUGUGGAGAUCCAUGGAAAACAUAAUGAAAGACAGGACGAUCACGGAUUCAUCUCACGGGAGUUUCAUCGCCGUUACCGCCUCCCCCAGAACGUGGACCAUUCGUCAGUCAGCUGCUCCCUCUCCGGUGACGGCAUCUUGACCUUCUCUGGUCCUAAACUUCUCUCCAACCUGGAUUCAAGCCACAGCGAGAGACCCAUCCCUGUAUCCCGUGAUGAGAAACCUACCUCCGCUCCCUCCUCCUAAACCGCCACCUACCUGUCGUCAUCAGUUCUACUUUCCUUUACCCCCAUUGUCUCCCCUGUGACCACGGGGCCAAACAAGCAAUAAAGAUUAUAUCGUUAU